CGCGCUGCACACACGUGUGUGGCCUGUUUGAGGGUCGGUGGGACUGUAGGGGAGCUCUGUAAUAAAAAAGGCGCGGGUUUGAGUCGUAAGUUUCUCUCCGACUAACGACUUUGUGGCUGUUUUACUUGUAAUUUGUUUAACGAAGACGCACUGGCUCUGGAGUAUUUUGAUCAAUGAGCAGAAUGAUGAAAUACAUCCUGGUAACCGGUGGCGUCAUCUCGGGCAUAGGCAAAGGCAUCAUCGCCAGCAGCGUGGGUACAAUCCUCAAGUCAUGUGGUCUGCACGUAACAGCCAUCAAGAUCGACCCCUACAUCAAUAUAGAUGCAGGCACAUUUUCGCCCUAUGAGCACGGUGAAGUGUUUGUGCUUGACGAUGGUGGUGAAGUGGACUUGGAUCUGGGGAACUAUGAACGCUUCCUUGACAUCCGGCUGACCAGAGAUAACAACUUGACCACAGGGAAGAUCUAUCAGUCAGUCAUCAAUAAGGAGCGGAGGGGGGACUACCUGGGGAAGACUGUGCAGGUGGUGCCACACAUCACAGAUGCAAUCCAGGAGUGGGUUGUGAAACAGGCCAAAGUGCCAGUUGAUGAUGAUCAAGUAGAACCUCAAGUCUGUGUAAUAGAGCUGGGAGGAACUGUGGGCGACAUCGAGAGUAUGCCUUUCGUCGAGGCCUUCAGGCAGUUCCAGUUUAAAGUGAAGAGGGAGAACUUCUGCAACAUCCACGUCAGUCUCGUGCCGCAGCCCAGUGCGACAGGAGAGCAGAAGACCAAACCAACACAGAACAGCGUGAGGGAGCUGAGAGGCCUCGGCCUUUCUCCUGACCUGAUCAUGUGCCGCUGCACCACCGCUCUGGAGAAUUCUGUCAAAGAGAAGAUCUCCAUGUUCUGCCACGUAGAACCUAAACAGGUCAUCUGCGUGCACGAUGUCUCAUCCAUCUACAGAGUGCCCUUACUGCUGGAGGACCAGGGCGUGGUGAGCUACCUGAGCCAGAGGCUGAACAUGCCCAUCGAGACCAAACCCAGGAAGAUGCUGACCAAGUGGAAGGAGAUGUCAGACAGGUCAGACAGGCUGCUGGAGCAGUGCUCUAUAGCUCUGGUGGGGAAGUACACCAAGUUCUCCGACUCCUAUGCUUCUGUUAUAAAGGCUCUGGAGCACUCUGCUCUGGCCAUCAGCCACAAACUGGAGGUGAAGUAUAUAGAUUCAGCGCAUUUGGAGCCCAGUACUCUGCAGGAUGAGCCGGUGAAGUACCACGAGGCAUGGCAGAAGCUCUGCAGCGCUGAUGGAAUCCUGGUUCCUGGAGGGUUCGGUGUCAGAGGAACUGAAGGAAAGAUUCACGCCAUCAACUGGGCCAGGAAACAGAAAAAGCCCUUCUUAGGAGUGUGUCUGGGAAUGCAGCUGGCUGUUUGUGAGUUUGCCAGGAAUGUCCUCGGCUGGACAGAUGCCAACUCCACUGAGUUCCACCCAGAAUCAGAGCACCCUGUGGUGAUCGACAUGCCGGAGCACAACCCCGGCCAGAUGGGCGGCACCAUGAGGCUCGGGAAGAGGCGGACCAUUUUCAAAAGCACCAACAGCGUACUGCGUAAACUUUACGGAGAUGCCGAAUAUGUGGAAGAGAGGCACAGACAUCGCUUUGAGGUCAAUCCUGAGCUGAAAGAUCACUUUGAAGACAAAGGUUUCCGCUUCGUUGGGCAGGAUGUGGAAGGAGAGAGGAUGGAGGUCAUAGAACUGGAUGAUCACCCAUAUUUUGUGGGAGUGCAGUACCACCCCGAGUUCACCUCUCGCCCCAUCAAACCAUCACCUCCCUAUCUGGGUUUGCUUCUGGCUGCUGCAGGGAAGCUACAGAGCUACUUACAGAAGGGCUGCCGCCUGUCUCCACGGGACACAUACAGCGAUCGGAGCGGCAGCAGCACCCCCGACUCAGAAAUAGCAGAACUGAAACUGCCUGCAAUCACAACUGACUCUGCAUGAAGUUCCUCCUGCUCUUUAGUGUCAUGAACUAAAUACAGGCAGCUGGGGGUCACAUGUGGCCCCUCAUUUCUGGAAUAUCCACCUUGCCUUCCUUCAGUAAACUGCAUGGAGAACUCCAGAUCCAGUCCUACAGACAUCCCUCUAUGGUUGUGGCCUUAUUGUAAAUAUACUACUGUAGUCUUGUGCAGUUUUAUAGUUUGUCUGAAAUGAUCUUAUGCGACAUGGAG